AUGGAUGUAAUUUGUCAAUAUUGCAAUGCAAUGAAAUUCAAAGGAGAAUCUGCUGGUAUGUGUUGUUCAAAUGGAACUGUUCGUAUUCCUAAUAUCGAUGAACCACUAGAACCAAUGAAAACUCUUUUGGAAAGUUCAACAAGUAUUUCAGAACACAUUUUAGAAAAUAUUUAUAAAUAUAACAAUGCGUUUCAUAUGACCUCAUUUGGAGCGGCAGAAACUAUUGUCGAAAAUGAUAUGCCUACAUUUAAAAUAAGAGGUCAAGUGUAA